CACGGAUAUAAAAGAAAAGAUCUGAGCCUUGUCAUAUUCAUUGGACAUGGAUGCCCCUCGCGCGUAACUACCGUACAGGCGCCAACCUCAACCUUCUUGGGACUGCUGCCUCUUUCUAUUUUUUUUUAACAUGGAAAUUAGACUACAUCUACACUCAUUGAGCUUUAUGUUCAUGUCCCAAUAGAAGACAUAGUAUCUAAUAUUUCAGGUCAUCAUGUUUAUUCUUACCACGAUCUCGGAUCUAAUUCAGAUCUCGCCCGAGGACUUUUCCAAAUUCAGUGCCAUUGCCAUUGAGGAUAACAUCAAUGAAAAGUAUGCGAAUAAAGUCAUUCAAAAGAUAGGCCUAUGCAUAGGUUUCUAUGACUUGCUGGAAUCAUCAGACGGACUAAUUGGCCACGGGACUGGUCUCGUACAUGUGAACGUCAGGUUCCGGCUCAUUGUAUUCCGACCUUUCAAGGGAGAGAUUAUCCUAGGAAAGAUCUCCAGUGCUACUGAACAUGGUAUUAAAAUUGGAGUGGAAUUUUUCAACGAUAUUCUCGUACCCCCGGAAUUGCUUCUUGACGGAGCUAGAUUUGAUUACGCAGAUCAGGUUUGGGUCUGGGAGAACGAAGGAUCAACAUUCUAUUUCGAUAUAGGGGAGGUAGUUCGGUUCAGAGUUGAAACAGAGGAGUGGCACGACCAGAUCCCCAACGCCCCAGACCGUGGGGAUGGCACAGUGACCGAGAGGGAACCACCCUAUUCUAUCAUCGUGUGUCUCUCAGGUUUCAAUCUGCCAUCCAACUUAGAACCAUUUACUAACUUGACUCGUGUAGGGCUCGAUGCAGAUGGCCGGGUUGGGCCCCAUCUCGUGGUGGUAGCGAGGAUUUCUGGAUUCGAUGGAACCUGGAAAGGGAAAGGAAUGUGUUAUGUUCAACUUACGAUGUAUCGUCAGGGCGCAAUGAACUGGAUUCGACUUCAACAGGGAAAUGUAUUAUUGAAUAGAAAGAUUCUUGGACAUCUUGGAGACAUGCCCGAUUUCAGAUUUCAGAUCCCAUAAUUAGAACCGUAGAUCGAAUGAACC